ACACAAUUCAUGUCCAAAACAAUCCUCCUCACCGGCGCCUCCCGCGGCAUCGGCCUCAGCAUAGCCCACUUCCUCCUCUCCCAACCCUCCAAACACAACCUCAUCGCCGUCUCUCGAACCGAAGAACCUCUCCGCGCCUUACAAUCCCAAUACUCUUCCGACCGCGUCGGCUACCUCGCCGCCGACCUCUCGGACCUUAGUAUUGGUGAGGAAGUCGUGAAAUUCGCAAUACAGAAAUUCGGAAGACUCGACGGCGUGAUUGUCAACCAUGGAGUUCUGGACCCGGUCAAGAGAGUCGAAGACAGCACGGCGGAAGAGUGGAGGGAUGCGUAUAAGAUAAAUUUCUUCUCGGCGCUUGCGAUUGUGAAGGCUGCGAUUCCUGCUCUUAGGGAGAGUCGGGGUACGAUUCUUUUUACGAGUUCGGGCGCCGCUAGUAGUUCUUAUUCUACUUGGGGCGCUUAUGGGAGUGCGAAGGCGGCGAUGAAUCAUUUGGCUGCUACUUUGGGGAAUGAGGAGAAGGAGAUUACGAGUAUCGCGAUUAGGCCGGGUGUUGUGGAUACGGAGAUGCAGAGGGAUAUUAGGGAGAAGCAUCGGGGGAGUAUGGACGUGAAGGAUGUGGCGAAGUUUGCGGAACUCAAAGAGACCGGAGGAUUGUUGAGGCCAGAGCAGCCGGGGCAUGUUAUGGCGAAGUUGGUGCUGGAUGCGCCGAAGGAGUUGAGUGGGAAGUUUUUGACGUGGAAUGCGGAGGAGUUGGAGAAGUUUCAGGAGUGAGAAAAUGCCUUUUUACAGCUACAUUGCUAUCUGAUCGAAUGAGAGCAACAGCCUCAAAGCAGGCGAUUCGAAUAGCAUGGAAGUACAUGGUACAGUGAGGAGGGGCACAGGGCUGAAGAGUCUGAUGAGUCGUCAGCAAAAGGAUCUUGCAACGAGGCUGCGGCUUCGAGAAGAGGAGAGUGCUGAUCAGUUGAAAGAUGAAAAGCAUACAUUUUGUUCAACAGGAGGCCGUGAAGACCUUCAGGUUUAGCAUGGAAUGUUUUGUUGCAUCAUUGCAGCAGAGCUUGUGGGCUCCAAGGAGGAGGGCUGGGUGGAUGACUUACCAGAAGAGAAGGAAGAAUCGAGAGCCAGUCACGCGGAUUAAUGUCAAUACCUACCUAUUCC